CCCUGAGAGCCAGUCAUUCAGAGGUACAGCUGGCACAGCCUGACUGUUCUGUCCCACCGAGACCAUGGAGCGGACACGAGGGGCCGGGGUCUAGGAGGGCAGAUACUGUGUCGCCAGCCGGCUCAGCUGUGUCACCUGCCUGGGGUUGGGGUCUAGAAGGGCAGAUCCUGUGUCGCCAGCCGGCUCAGCUGUGUCACCUGCCUGGGGUUGGGGUCUAGAAGGGCAGAUCCUGUGUCACCAGCCGGCUCAGCUGUGUCACCUGCCUGGGGACAGGACCUGCGUAACGCCGCCGUCAGCUGAGAGAAGCGUGGGCUCCUGCUCUGCUUGACCUUUCUUCACCUUGGAGAAGUGCAGCAUGGAUCGUGGUUGGUAAUUCCCCACCUCCUCGGCCUCGGGACAGCGAGGAAAGUUCAGCAGAGCCUGUGGUGGGAGCGAGGAGCCGAGCUGGUUGUUGGCAGCAGCUUACACAUUAAACCCUGGUAGCGAACGCGUGCCGCGCUCUGACAAGAAAUGUAACCCGAGGAGAAAGGACACCAGUGUGUUUGAGCAUGCUGAGGGAUUCUUGUGUGACUUGUUACUCUUUCAGUGCUGUAGCCUGAGCAGGUCUUACUGGUUUUUACCGAAGUGGUGGGAGCUGAAUGGGGUGUGGGCUCGUUUCUAUUCGUCCACAAGCAUCUCUACAAUCUUCUCUUCUCUUUUUUAAUUCCCCGCUGGAUAUAAAUCAGAAAAAUUGUGUCCAUCGAGUUUGCUGCCACCUGGGCUCAACCCAGCUGAACCAAUUUUGGAGGAUACCCUUGCUGCAAUCGUCGGGACGUGCUCCUAGGAGGAGAAGAAACUAAAGGAAUUUGGCAUCGUUGCUGUAGUUUGAGGAAAAACAUUCCUUCUGGCUUUGGAGAGAGCUGCAGAGAGGAUCUGUGUCAUGUCCUGAUCUCCCUCCAUUUUCCUGCUGAGCAUGGGGUAACAGUGUGUGACCAUGGUGGUCACCCAGUUACAGCUGGAACUGUGCUUCCAUGGCAAGAAGCUGAGAGGUUUCACCUGCAAGCUGACCAGGUCAGCUAGUGGAUUUCUUCCAGAGACUUCCUUCUCCAUUGCCUCCCAGAUUUUUGUGCCAUUCCUCCUGGCUGGCUUGGGAAUGGUAGCUGCUGGCCUCUUGAUGGAUGUUGUUCAACACUGGGACGUGUUCCGGACCAUCACAGAAGUUUUCAUCCUGGUUCCUGCCCUGGUUGGCCUGAAGGGAAAUCUGGAGAUGACACUGGCAUCCAGGCUCUCCACUGCUGCUAACACUGGACAGAUGGAUGAUGCCCAGAAGCAAUGGAAAAUGGCCACCUGCAAUUUAGCCCUUAUCCAGGUCCAGGCCACUGUGGUGGGGCUGCUGGCUGCUGUGGCUGCUGUGAUCCUGGGAGCCAUCUCCAAGGGCUCUGUGGAGCUGAGCCAGGCUGCUGUGCUGUGUGCCAGCAGUGUCACCACGGCCUUCAUUGCUGCCCUUUCCCUUGGUCUGGUGAUGAUUGGUGUGAUCAUUGGAGCCAGGAAAGUUGGGAUCAACCCAGACAAUGUCGCCACACCCAUAGCAGCGAGCCUGGGAGAUUUGAUAACCCUUUCCCUCCUGGCAGGAAUCAGCAGCACACUCUUCAAAUACAUAGAUGUGAAGUACCUCUCUCCUCUGAUCUGUGCUGUGUUCAUUGUCAUGAUCCCUCUCUGGGUUGCCAUUGCCAAGCAGAGUCCAUCCCUGGCUGAAGUGCUGAAGUCUGGGUGGCAGCCGGUCAUUGUUGCCAUGAGCAUCAGCAGCAUUGGUGGGCUCAUCCUGGACAAAACUGUGACUGACCCAAACUUUGAAGGCAUGGCAGUUUUCACACCUGUGAUUAAUGGUGUUGGAGGGAAUCUGGUUGCCAUCCAAGCCAGCCGAAUUUCUACAUUCCUGCACUUCUGGAGCAUGCCUGGAGUUUUGCCAUACAAGAUGAGGCAGAACUGGCCCAACCCAUGCACCACAUUCUUCUCAUCAGGGGUGAAUUCCAAGUCAGCCCGGGUGCUGUUCCUGCUGGUCAUCCCAGGGCACCUGGUGUUCCUCUACACCAUCCACCUGCUGCAGGGAGGCCACACAUCCCUGUCCUUCACCUUUGUGAUGUUCUACCUGGCUGCUGCUCUGCUGCAGGUGGGGAUCCUGCUCUACGUGGCCGACCUGCUCGUGCGCCUGAUGUGGAGGAAGGCUCUGGACCCAGACAAUUUCUCCAUCCCCUACCUCACAGCCCUGGGGGACCUGCUGGGCACUGGGUUCCUGGCCAUCUGCUUCCACCUGGUGUGGCUCAUCCACGGCACGGACAUGAACCUGGGCAACUGAGAGUGCCUGUGCUGCUCUCGCCCCUGCUGUGACACGGUGCUCCCCUCCAGUGGGGGCCUGGCACUCUGUGCUGGCUCACCUGGCUGGGCUGGGCCCCCCCUGCCACCCCAGCACCCCCUGCCCUCCCCACCGUGCCUUACAGCCAGCCCCAGCAAUCAGCACCCACAAACUCCUGCCCUCAGAGGGGAGCAAAGCGGAUUGAAGGAGCACCCCCUGCUCACACCUGCAAACAGAGCAACAAGGAGCAGUUGGGCCACUGGGGAGGAAGGCAGGAAGGAGCAUUUGGGCCGUGGUGUCAAUCCCCAGCACUGAGACAGCCCUGAGGCUGCUCCAGAGCCUGCCCUGGUCACUGUGUCUGAUCCUGCCAGGGGAUGCUGCAGCCCCUCCAUCCUCUGACUUUCCACCAAGGGAAAUUCUUUAUUCACCCCACUUUUGUCCUGCUCCUGGAGUAGCAGAGCAACCAGAGGCUCAGGAUCUGAGGCAGUGAGCUGCUGGCUCAUGCCCAGUGGAGGUUAUCUAGGGAUACCACCUACCUGCCCUGCCAGCAUCCCUGGUGUCUGACCAAAAAGCUGGUUAGAUUGCAUUUUAGGGGCAGGAAGGUUUGUUUUUACGGUUUAUGAAAUGUCCAGUAGUUCAAAUGUUUAUAGAAACACACACAUAAAUAAAGUGGGUAAAAAAAAAAAAAGAGUAA